AUGAAUUUAAGCUAUCUUCUUUUCAUCUUUAUUCACUCGUUUUCUGCGGACAAUCCAGCCGAAGCGCAAAGAAUUCAAGUGAAUCUACUUUCAAGCGGCGUGGACGAAUUUGAAGUCUUGAGCGAUGAUGGGAAAGGCCUCUGUGCGGAGUCAAAGACAGUAGAGGAAUUUUGUGUCAAACGUGGUGCGAUCAGCGUUCAAAAUACCAUAUCAUGUUUGGAUUUUAAAGAGAAAGUUCAUUGCCGUUGUAUUUCUUCAAAACCAACAUUUCUACGGCAGAAGGGAAAAUGCGUGAACAACAGGAAUGUCACGCGGCAUUUUCACAGAGGGUCGAAGUCAGGUAGGCAGUAUUACGAACCUCUUCUGCACGAAUUUUCCAUUACUUGGCCAAUGCAGCCUUAAUUAAGUUUUAAUUUAGUAGCAUUACAUCUUUUCUCUACGAUUCUAGAGGAUUCUUCGCCAUACCUACAUACAUGAAUACAAUAUAGACGCAGCGAAACCACAAAUCUAUCUCUUAUUCGAUGACGCCAUUUCCGGCCAAUGUGUAACAAUGUCACGACUAUAUUUACCUGCUUAAAGCGAGUUUACCUUAUCACAGAAUAGGACAUAGUUUAUAUCCUGCCUUAAAAAAUAUAAUUUUAAUGUUAUCCACGAAAUUUUAAACCAAAUGUAUCUGAAACAACAACCGAAAAAGAAGGUUAAAUCUCGGCGGUUUCGAAGCUUCCAGGAAUGAAAGGAAAACAGUGAACGACCUUAAAGUUCAGAUCCUUGAUGUCGCGUUAAUCGGCGGCCUUCUUUCAUCGUCCCCUCUGCCUAAGGAAUUCCCGAAAUGAGUUACCAUUAUCAUUAUUAUUUAUUUAUUUAUUUUGUGCAUCUUGCUGCUGGCUCGAUGAAAAGCAAUGAAACAUAGUUUUCUAACCAAUAUUUUAUCUUCAUGUUUAUUUAUUUCAUCAUCAACGAAAGACAUGUUGUGUUUCAAUACAGCGUUGGUUAAGUCCCAUGAUAAUAGGAUUCUUUUGUCGGUGAUUCGUUCUUCUCUGCAAACAACUUUAAGACGAAAGCGGAAGUCCUCCAAACCCCGUGUGGUGUCCAUAAAUUGCUUUGUUUAGUCUGGGGUUUUAACGAGAGGUUUGGGUCGGGUUACUCGACCCAGAUCUCUCUCGUCUUUUUCACCUCUCCACAAAUAUCGCGCUUCGUUUCACUGAGUGAAUGCCUGGAACACGGGCUAUUCAGGGGGAGAUGAGAUGACACAUGUUUCAUUUCCCUUUGUAGUUUGCAAGUUUCAUCUGGGCGUUGAAAAUGGUCAUCAUCCUCCCAACUGCCACGAGUCGUUCAUCUCAACGUUAUCUACCAACAUCUCUAACGCCGGAAGCUAUUCAUUAUGUACAAAGGAACCCACUCAAGAGCUCUCCAGCUGUAAAGUUCACCCCAGGAUCCUGUCGUACAGUAAGGCCGGACGAUGGAGGGAACUGUGGAGAUUGAAUCCAAGAGGAGAUUUAGCAAGUAUUGAGGACAAUACGUUAUCUUUGGAAAACAUUUUUGAUAUGGUAGGUAAUUAAUUUAGAACCCAGAUAUCGUUGAGAUCAGAACGGGUAACAUUGGCAUUGAGUGUGCUAUCCCUGUUGCCUACAAAAGGUCACACAUUUGCAGCAGUUAUUUUCAAGCAGGUUAAAAACGAACAAUUUAAGGUGCUCUGUCGGACAGAAAACCCUUCCUAUCACAAGUACUCCCCCAAUAAUUAAUACAGUAAAAACCAAGAUAAGAAAGAACCAUCGUGAGUAGGUGCAUAAAUUAACAUCGACUUGUCUGCAGUACGAUUGAUUAGUCAAUAGCGAUACGAUUGAUAUCGCUAAAUUUGGUUGAAGACCAAAAAAGAAUACCAAUGUCUCUUUUUACUAAUUUAGCAAAAAUUAAUGUAACCCACAUUGCAUCCUAUUAUUGAUUUGGUUCUUUUUCAUUUAUUUUCACAGCUGAUCUCUAAUGUCUCAAGAUACAGCGGGCUCAUUCUGUCAUUUCAAGCCACUUGCCUUGCCACGUCGAGCGUGGAUGUUAGAUUGAGAGGGUUUCCUCCUCCUGAACAAGUCAGCUCCUGCGUACUCUUCAAAGUCGGCGGUUCGCGCAUAUGUAAGUACAGAUUUAAUGACAGAGCGAUGUAAAUAAUGAAGUGUUGUGUGUGUAAUUGUUUAUUCACACUCUUCAUUGAGAACAACCCUCCAUGGCUGAACCAACGAUAGCUUUGUUAACUAUCAAACUGAAACAUUCAAAUUUGCUGUCGGGGCUUUCCCUCAGGAAAACGCAAAACGUUCUAAGUUGAGUGCUCUAAAUGCUUUAUAUUUUUUCCCGAUAGGGUCGCUGCAACCACAUCAAACAAACUUAACUCCGUCGAAAGAAAUCACGAGAAACUUAACUAUUACGAUAAUUCAAUUAGCAACAACACAGCAAAGUUAUGUAAGUCAGUCUUCAGUUACAGACCUCGUCACGGCGGAAGCUGAGAUGAACUCGGUCAAUGAUUCACCGAAUCUGCGGUAUAUGAUCUUGUUAUGCGCUGGGGUCACCAGCCUUCUCGUAGUUCUUCUGUGUCUGACUGGAUUUGUACUCUACGGCAGAUCGAAUCACCGGUAAGUUAACUCACUCCUAAAUGCUAUUAGUGCAUUUCUGUUAGAACGUCAUUUAUAAUCCAAUGACCUCCGCUAGCUUCGAGGCUAUCACGCAAUUAGGUCGCUUGCUCCAUUGGCAACAAAGCCCCCUCCCCUCCCCCAUAGUUGAACUUGUGAAAGCUUCGUUGAUUAUCAAAAUAGAAAACAAAUUUGAUAUCGACUUUCAGAUUUAGGGAGGACAAUUUUUAGAGCAACUGCGUUGUUGUUGGUGGGUUUACUGCAGAAAUUAAAUUUAUUUAAAUUUUUGUUUUGACUGUUAAACACGAGCGUUAAUUGUUAUAGGUAUCUGUUCAGUUUUCCUCAGGGUCUCCUCCCUCAUUUUUGUUCCAUUUUUAUUUCGGUUUCAGAAGGAAAUGGCAUAGAUCAAGAAAAAGCGUAGGUAUGUAUAAAACGUAUUUUGAAUUUUAAGUUCUUAACAUUGUUACUCAUUAGACAAUUUAAAGUGGACCUAAAAGAUAAUUAUUCGUAUGAGUAAUUUUAAGGCCAAAAAAUUAAGAGCUUUGCGUUACAACCGGUUGGGAAAAAAUUGAUCACGAUGCGAUCCAACAUAAGUAUUAAGACUUUUAUUUUGUCUUUUGAUGAUCACAUAAUUGUUACCUUGCCACAAUCAAAACAAAUCAAAGAUAAAGUGAAUCAGUAUAUUGUUUAAAGUAAAAUCACUCACUGAUUUCAAAAUGUGUUUUAAGGCUCUAAAGUCUCUCACGUCAACGCUGUCUAUAGCCAAGUCAUUGUAAUCUAUCUUUAUGUCCUUUGCAGCAAAUCCCACGUAUGAACGGGGUCACGAUAGGGGCCUCGUUUUGGUGCAAGUGUCAACCCUUAGCCCCUCAAGACCCCCCUCAGUCACUGUUGUGUCUCCUUAUGCAACUGUCUAUCAACCUGGCUACAACUUAUACGAAAGUUUGCGUAGCGUCAAGAAUAAUCCAGGGCCAAGACGGUAUUCCUACUCCAUAUACCAGAAUUUAGUCAGUGCUCGAGAUGCAACUUCGCAUCAAGAAGACUUUAUGAUGACAAGAAGAAUAUCAUUCCCGUCAUCAAAUGACAGUAAGUCUUCUGCAGCGCCUUCAAAUGCGCCAUGUGAUUAUGCAACCGUGCGGGAAAAGAUACAGAAAGAGCCUGAGGAGAAAUGUUCUCGCGACGAGACAAAAACAGCGGAUUUGACAGUUACGUGUCCAUCACUUCCGUCUCCGUCGCUACAGAGGAAAGAAAUGGCCAAUGCGACCGAGAUAACUGCAUGUUCUUCAUCAAUGUUGUCGUUAUCGUCGUUACAAUUUUAUGACGGGGAGGACCAAAAAGUUCACGGUACAGAUUCACUUCAUAAAGGUGACUCUUAUGUUGAAGAUCAAGGAGGUGAACUCGAUAUCAUUGAAAAAAAUGAAAACAUGCUCCUCGAGUCUGAUACUCCUCAUGAAGACAUACAUGACGACUCGUCUGAAGGCAGACUCAGCGGUUUAGAGUUUGUCGUGGACUCUGACUGUGGCGACAGCGACAGCGCAUUCGGAGAAGCCAUCGAUGAAACAGAGAAUCAAUCACCUUUUUACUACGUGCUGGAAGAAUCCGAAAAGACGCAGGAGAAAAAACUAUAUCCAUCUGUUUCUCUCGUUUAAAGAUGGCUUCUUGACGAUUAUUUGACUUUAAAAACAAUGGUGUUUUUCUGGUAAUGCGAAACACUUUAGAGCUUUGCUGGUCAGAAUUUUUUCGCGGUAUAUUUUAAUUUAUUUCUUUAGAUAUGUCAGGCUUUUUAGGAGAAUACAGUCAAUUUGUGCUUUGUAUAGUAUCUCGCUCUAACAAUUUUUGAAUAUUCAUUGGUUUCAGUUGAUACAAGAAACUGGUUAAUUGAGUACAGUGAGGUGCAACCAAACGUGUCUUGUAACUAGUCACCACCUUGGGAUGGAGAGGGAGAAGCCUUAGGUAUUCAUACCCUCCUUACCACUACCCCCACAUAGACGGUUUCACAAAUUGAAAAAGACCUAUGAGAACGCUUGUUGAUCGAAUGUAGCCGAGAAAAAACUGGUGCCGUGUUGUAUAUUAUUUUUAGGAGUCAUGUGUAACGAUCAUUCUGACAAUAGAAGGUUCUACAAAUAAAUCUUCAGCAAAA